AGAGGAGAAGGAGGAGGGGGACGCGCCUGCCCCGCCCCCGCGCGGAGCUUGGGGAGGGGGGGGAAGGCCGGCGCGCGCUGCCUGCGGGAGCGCGCGGGGCGUCGCGAGGAGCCGGGCGCCUGCAGCAGCAGCAGCAGCAGCAGCGGCAGCAGCAGCGGGGGCCGCGCGCGGUUGCUAAGCGACGGCGCCCGGGCGGGCAGCGGCGCCGGCCCGGCUGAGGCGCAGGCAGCGGGGAUGAAGCGCAGGCAGCGGGGCCCGGGCUGCCGCCGGCGCUGAGACAUCCCCCCGCCGGUUCCCGCACCUUCCCCACCCCGGACCGCCCUGGCUCCGCUCCGCCACCCUCCUCCUCUUCCUCCUCCUCUACCCUCGCUCCGGCCUGCCCUCCCCCCUCCAUGCGGCGGGAGCGGCCAGAGUGGGGCCCGCGCCGAGCCCCGCCGCCCCUCGCCUCUCGCAGGGAGCCGCGGGCGGUGUCUGCAGCCACGACAGCGGGAACUUCAUGUUGGUGGUGCCAGAACGUAGUAAGCAAGGCAAAUUAACUCCAGCCUCGUGUAAACUUUGAAUUGGCCAACAUGGUGCAACUGAGUAUGAAUUCCAGGUGGCGUUGGAAAUGAAGAACUGAGCUCUCUGGCUGGAAGCUGAACGUGAUGACGGCCUGGUCUAUGGUAGGGAAGCUGAAAAUGGAGAAGAGGCACUCCAGAGAAGACAGAAAUGUGGAACAAGAUGCUGGGGAAUGCAGUGCUGAAUCUGAGGAAUGGACGAGCUCAGAAAGUGAACCUGAGCAACCAUACUUCAGAAGCACCUGUAGCAAUAUUCAGUGGAGAGAAAAGGAGGUUUCCACUAAACCACAUCGGCCGCUCUGUCGGUCCCCUUGUUUGGAUCGCCCAAGUUUUUCACAGAGCAGUAUCACACAAGACUUGAAGCUAGACGAAUGCAAAACAAAUUUGGACAAGGAAUACCAAGCUAAAAUGGAUUUUGCUUUAAAGCUUGGGUAUGCAGGAGAUCAGAUCCAGGCUGUACUGAAUAAAUUGGGAGCAGACGCGCUCAUCAAUGAUGUUCUGGCAGAGCUUGUGAGACUUGGCAACAAAAGUGAAUCAGAGGGACAAAGCAGUGCCAGCAGUACCACUAGUACUCUGGUGCCAAGAGGCCCUUGCCCAAAGGAAAUAGCAAGCCCUGAAUUGUCACUUGAAGAUGAAGUUGUGGAUAACAGUGAUAACCUGAGGCCAAUUGUCAUUGAUGGAAGCAAUGUGGCUAUGAGCCAUGGGAAUAAAGAAGGAUUUUCCUGUCGGGGAAUUCAGCUUGCUGUGGAUUGGUUUCUGGAAAAAGGACAUAAAGAUAUCACUGUGUUUGUACCUGCAUGGAGAAAAGAACAGUCUCGACCCGAUGCACCAAUUACAGAUCAGGAAAUCUUGCGCAAAUUGGAGAAAGAAAAAAUUCUUGUUUUCACCCCAUCUCGAAGAGUUCAGGGAAGAAGAGUAGUUUGCUAUGAUGAUCGAUUCAUAGUAAAACUGGCUUUUGACUCAGAUGGCAUCAUUGUAUCAAAUGACAACUAUCGGGAUCUUCAAAAUGAAAAACCAGAAUGGAAGAAGUUCAUAGAGGAGCGGCUGCUAAUGUAUUCUUUUGUGAAUGACAAAUUUAUGCCUCCUGAUGAUCCUUUAGGACGCCAUGGUCCAAGCCUUGAAAAUUUCUUAAGGAAAAGGCCAGUUAUUCCUGAACAUAAGAAACAACCGUGUCCUUAUGGUAAAAAGUGCACCUAUGGGCACAAAUGUAAAUAUUACCACCCAGAACGGGCAAACCAGCCUCAAAGGUCAGUAGCGGAUGAGCUUCGAAUAAGUGCCAAAUUAUCUGCUGUGAAAACUAUGAGUGAGGGAGCCUUGGCCAAAUGUGGCACAGGGCCAUCCAGCUCCAAAGGAGAGAUCAGUUCUGAAGUGAAGCGCAUUGCCCCAAAACGUCAGUCAGAUCCAAGCAUUAGAUCAGUAGCUGUGGAGCCUGAGGAAAAGUUAUCAGUAGCCCGGAAGUCCGAGGCCAGCUCUGUCCCGUCUCUGGUUUCUGCAUUAAGUGUACCAACGCUCCCUCCACCAAAAAGCCAUGCAGCUGGUGCAUUAAAUACUCGUUCUGCAAGCAGUCCGGUGCCAGGUUCCUCACAGUUCAUGCAUCAGAAAUCCUCACUGGAACAUAUGUCCAGUGUGCAAUAUCCUCCUAUACUAGUCACCAAUAGCCAUGGCACCUCAGUUAGCUAUACUGACCAGUAUCCCAAAUACGAAUCACUGGGGGACCAUGGCUAUUACUCCUUACUCAGUGAUUUCUCCAACUUGAGCAUAAGUAGUAUCCGUAACACAGAUUAUUACGGGGCGGAUAUGGACCAGGGGAUGUAUUCUAGAAACUCAAGCCCCUGUCCUGACAAUUGCUUAAGCCAUACAAGUAAUGAUUCUUAUUCCUCUUACAAUGACUUGUAUCUGGGUGUAGCAGAUGCCAGUCCAGAAGACAAUGUGAAGAUCCACAGACUGCCAUCGCAAAAUCGUGUUCAGCCUUUUUCCCAUGGUUACCAUGAAGCCUUAAAUAGAGUUCAGAGUUACGGAACUGAAGAGCCUAAGCAAUCCCUUCGCAAACAGUCAGUUUCCCACUUAGGCCUACAUGCCCAGCAUCCAGUUGUUGGAGCACGGUCCAGUUGUCCAGGAGAAUACCCUGUGCCUCAAAAUGUUCAUCCAUCAACUGCUCAACCAAGCCGUGCCUUGGUCAUGACAAGAAUGGACAGUAUUUCUGACUCACGGCUUUAUGAAAGUAACCCUACGAGGCAGAGAAGACCGCCUCUCUGUCGAGAGCAGCAUGCCAGCUGGGAUCCAUUACCAUGUGCGUCGGACUCGUACACUUACCACUCGUAUCCAUUGAGUAACAACCUCAUGCAGCCGUGUUACGAACCCGUAAUGGUAAGGAGCAUGCCUGAGAAGAUGGAGCAACUCUGGAGGAAUCCCUGGAUUGGGAUAUGUGGUGAGCCGCGGGAACCACACAUCAUCCCAGAACAUCAGUAUCAAACUUACAAGAACCUCUGCAAUAUUUUCCCUCCGAGCAUUGUCCUUUCUGUGAUGGAAAAGAAUCCCCACAUGACAGAUGCACAACAGCUGGCAGCUAUGAUUGUUGCCAAAUUAAGAACAGGGCGUUAAAGCAUUUACAGCCUCUUUUGGAUAAAUGAAACUGUACAGCGCGAAGAACCAGGAGGAAAACUUAAAUGAAGAAGGAAGGGGCCAAUCUAUUGUAAAUAUUUUCUACUAAGAUAGUAUAAAAUUCUGUACACAGUAGCAAUCGUAUAUAUAUGCUGAGGCACAAUAUAAAAGUUGAUUGUAUUGUAAAUUUUAAGAUUUUAAAUAUAGGGAUUUUUAAUAGUAUUUUAUAGGAAAUGCAUACCUUGCUGCAUGGAUAGCUCAUUAAGAACUACAAUGUCACGUUCAGUGUCUCAAAGCUGUUACUACAAAAUUAUUGUUAGCAAUUAUAUUGCAUGUAUUAGUGUACACAUUCAAUUUGCUUAUAAAUACCUAAUUGGCCUUUAAAAGUAUGCUCUAUACACACCCAGAUGACUUUAAGGGUUUCAGCUUUGUCAUUGGACACUGCCUACCGGCAUGUUAAAUAUUGAAGAAAAAGUAAAUGACAAAAAUUAAAAUGGUCAAUUUGUAAAAGGGAAAAAAAACCUGAUUUCAGCUUUUGAAUGUCAAUAUUGUUGUUGUUACUUAAAUUUCAAAACGGUUCCCUGAAGAGUUUGAGUAUCUAUUACAUUGUCCAAUACGCUGGCUCAAUCCAACAGAAGCCAAAAUAUUUUAUUAAAUUAGGACCAAAAUCAUUAAGGAGCGUGAAGGCGUCAGCGCCGUUCGAUAAACGAAAAGAAGUUUUAACUGUAGCUUCUCUCUUCAGAACCGCCUCUCAGCUGUGCAGUAAGCAGCUGCUGCCCAGAGGACUAGACAAGCUGAAAAUAACGUGUCGGGUUUAUGUAAAUCGGAUUACUCAGCCCGAAGCGGCGGAAACUGGAAGUUCAUCGGCAACUACAGCCCUUCCUCUGGGGGCAAGGACGGUGUCUGAGCGAGCCCAGCCUGUGGGAUGGCUGGAGAAGGGGGUCGAGGCCUGGGGAAGGUGCUUCUGGAAAAGAGAUGCUACAGUUUGGGUUUGUGGCAAAGCUGCCCUGGUUUUUUGCUCUUCAGAUCCACGCAAAGGUGUGCAUUUGCCUCCUGAAGGCUUUUAGAGUUCCUGUUUCAACAGGUGAGAUAAUUUCGUGUGGCAUUGUUUGCGCAACUGGUAUCUUGCUCAGGGUGGGAACCUUUGUAGCUAAAUGUCUCCAAAAGAGGCGUUUAUUGUUUUUUAAGCUGCACUGACUGGACGCCCUUUUUUGAAUCCAUUGUAUAUUUCAACAUUUCGAACCAUUACUAACUCGAUACGUCUCGAGCUAGGACUUGUUGACUUCUACUGUAGUUUUUUUCAUGAAAGUUGAGAAGGCCUGGUUUAUGGCCUUUUGUUUCUUCAUGAGAAGGUGUGACACUGCCUAAAUGUUUCUUACUGUGAAACACACGGAACGUGAGGCUGCAGUCAGGGUUGUUUCUGGUGUUUUGAUAAUGGCUUGCAUGCUGCUUUCUAGUUAUCUGUUCGUCUGGGAACAAAGUUCUCCAAUUUCUUCCACUUGUGUUACUGUAAUGGUUGCUUUGAUUCAAAAUACCUCGUGGGCUCUUUAUCAUGUGCAAAAUACGUUCCUGUCAUAUAAAAAAAAAACCCCAAACAAACCAUAAUUACAGGUGCAAGUACAGUUAAUUUACGCAGAUUUGAUAACCGUAUCGUUUCGCACAGGAUACGUGUACCUUGGUACAGGUAACGUAUAUAAUGACCAUGUCAUUGUAUAUUGAAAAUGAGUUAACUUGAAGGUGAUUCCGUAUUUACACUUGGUGUUUAAAAAUAACUUCAGGUUUAAUUAGUUCCUUAUCGUCUUUGUUAAUGGGGAAAAAAAUAAAUCUUCAGACAUCUAUAGGAGCUGGGGAAAACAGAUUUAACUCUUGACCGGUUUUCAAAAACAUUUCUUACUAACCAGCAUUUUAUAUUUUUAAUUUGCGAUUAAUUCUUAUUCUCUUCUCUUGCAUGGUAUAAGCAGCUGAGAGCAAUGCCUCAAAUAACCAGAAAUGACCUUUUGUUUGUUGAUACAAAUUGUAUCUCUUUUUCUUGAUUGUAUAAAAACUGUGUAUAAAAAAAAAAAAAAUAAUACUAAUAAAUCUCUAGAUUAACUUCAGUAUUACAUUUUCACCACAAUGUUUGUGACACCGUGUGUCACAGGGAAGUAGCCCAUGAGUAAUUAUGGAUCUUUUUUAUUUAAAAAUGGGCACUUGUAGUUUAUAGACAAACAAGGACAACUUUUCAGAACCAGUUUAUUACGUGCACAGAUACUGUGUGUACACCUCGAAGCAUUACAUAGUUCUCUCUGGUCUAUUUAUUAAGCGGAUACAUUCUUGCACUAACCUUUAUGUAAAAAAGUUGCUGUUGACUCAUCUGCAUGUGUUUAAAAAUGUAACGAUAUAAUUGCUAUAGACCCUGCUUUAUUCUGAACGGAUUAAUUUAUAAAUUAUUUAGGUAUACAAUGAAGUUUAUUGUGCACUCAACGUUUUUCCAUCUUGCAUGGAAUUAAAUAUUUGUAUGUAGAAAAAUGUUUGUUCCCUUUUUCUCCAAUUACAAAGAUAAGCUAUUUUAAGAGAGGUUUAGUAGGUGUUUUUGAUGUUUCCUAACGUGGAAAACUGAGCAGAAAUUUCUGUACGAUGCCUUGGGUGGUUUCUGGAGAUACUCGUUUUUGUAGGAUUUGUCUAGUCAUUUUAAUUUUCACUAACUUUUGUCUUACUGAUGAAAUAAUUCAGUUUUACACAAGGGGAAUGCUAUGCCAAUACAAACCCAGCACACUAUUUCCCUAAGGCACUUUGAGGGCAAAUAAUUGUCUUUUUCUAGGAAGCUGUUGGCAUCUCUCGCGCGCAGACUUACGGCCGGGGCAGCGGCGCCUUGUGGAAAUAAUUUGCAGAUUUUGUGCUUCUUUUAGUCCUCCUUAGAGGUAACGAAACUUUUGUAUCUGAUGUAGUCUUUCCUAAUCAACUACUUUAAGUGAUACUUCGGUCAUCCACGUCCGUUUUGAGAUAUGUUUACAAGCCAAUUCAAAACACUGACACGUUCAUUAAUCUUCAGCGCAUAAGCUUAGAUUUCUUCUUACAUGGAAGAGUUGAUCUCGGUACCGCCCGACCACAACUGUCUAUACUGUAAAUACAAGACUUUGUAUAAAUGCUCUUUUUGAGAGCAUGGUAUUUAAAUGUUUUUACAACUGUAGCAGAGCAGUUCUAGAAACUCUAUUUUAAUAAAAAUCCAUGAAAUUGCAAUUCUAGAUGGGGAAAACCAAAAGUGGGAAGGUAAAAAAUCCCGGCCCGCUGCAAUCAGAAGAGUUCAGCCGUAGACGUGGGGGCUCUGCCGGGGCCAGAGCGUUCUCCGGGAGUUCUGACUUACUGAUCUUUCAUCUUUAGCUAGAUUACUUUCACAUAAUUUGUCACUGAAAAGUGUAUAACCUUAAAUUCAUCCAUCAAAAAUCAAAUGCUUUACGAUGUGUAAGUUAUUUAAUUUUAAUUUUUUUUUUUUUUAAGAAUUACAUGUCAUUAAUAUAUUAAAUUGUACAUAGAGAUGAUUUCACUACUGUUAGUCCUGUUGUUGUCGUAUUGAGCUGCAGUAGUUGGCUUUAUUCAUUUGUAGAAUGAAACAUUACUGUUUAACUGUUGUAAAAUUUUAUAAAUCUCUUUGGGUUUUUUUGGUUGACCCAAAUAUAAUGUAAGUCUUAAUGACAAAAUGAGUGAAAAUGGAUGUUAAACCAGUACGUGGUAUUCGUAAAUCUCUGUAGUAAUAAGCGUGCGCUGCUCUAGUUGCUGCUGCAUGUACUUCAUUCCCUAGCAUGAGUCUGUUCAGCUUCUGUAAAAAAUGCUUUAACUGUAAAUGUGAAAACAGAAGGGGUGGAUAGGGUCGCUUAGAACAAGCAGAAGGAUCCUCACUAGAAAACCAAACCCAAACCAUCCAUCUAGGCGAGUUUCCCCCUACCUACUUCUAAUGCCAGUUUGCCUCAAAUCGUGACUUUUGGCAUUUUUGAAACGAAUGAUAAAGUCAGAAUACGCGAAGAAUCCGCCCAAAUAAUUCAGUUUAAAAAAUACCUGCGAUGUAUAACCGAGGCACCAGCAGGAACACUUCAAGGGACAUAUUUUGACUACAGUAAUUUUUAAAACUCCAGGCUAGAGAGCAGGAACAGGCCUCGUUUCUGGGCGACUCCGCUCCACGCAGUUGAGAUAUUACUUUCUUUUGACUUGCCAAAAGUUUACCCGAAACAUUGGUACUACAGGACUCGUAGUAGUCAGAUCAUUAGAUCUGUUGCUGUAAUUUCUACGGUAUUUAUUGAAUGCUCCUCUUACCUACCCCCAGCUUCUCUCUGUGACACAGCCCCUACUCACUGCAGUUCUUGCACUACUUCAACUGGAACGAGAGCCGUGCACCCUCCCUUAAGUCAUUCUCAUGCCAGUGUUUGGGUAGCCUUUGAAGAGCCACUGUACAAUAUCUAGGAUUUUGGUCUGUGGUAUUUAAAGAUUGUAAAUGUAUUAAAAGAAUUGGAGAGAAGAAUCUAAAAAAAAAAAAUAAAAAAAAAAAUAGGCUAUUACCCAUCCCCUCCCCCCACCCCAGCUCUGUGUAAAAGGUUUGCACAAUUAUUUAAUAAUAUGAAACAUGUUAUACUUUAUAUAUAUUUAAAAAUUGCUU